GAUUCUGGCCGCGUAUAAAAAGAGGAGGCGACCCGGUCCCUUGAGACAUCACGGACACGGUGCCCCCCCCCCCCACACCAACUCCUUGGUCGGUGCAUCUCGCUUGCAAUGGUGAAUCAGAGGACCGCCGUGGCUCCGCCCCUCCUCCUCAUCCCCCUCGUCGUCGUCGUCAUGGUCACCGUUGCCGUGGCGACGCCGGCAGGACCGGAGCAGCUGGGAGACCCUCACCUGCAGCCGCACUGGGAGGCAUGGAAGAGCCGCUACGACAAGGCCUAUGACGAGGCAGAGGAGGGCCGGCGUCGCCUCGUGUGGGAGCACAACCUAAAGAUGAUCGACCGGCACAACCUGGAGGAGGCCCUCGGCAAGCACUCCUACACGCUGGCCAUGAACCAGUUCGGAGACGUGUCGGAGGAGGAAUUCGAGCUGCAGAUGGCGGCGUUGGAGCCGCUGGCAGAUGACGACGGUGACGCGAGCGAGGAAGACAACGAGGUGAAGAAGUGGACAGAGUCGUCCGUCAAUGCUCCACUCGACAUGUCCCUGCCGAACGAGAUGGACUGGCGGAAUCGCGACGCCGUGACGCCCGUCAAGAACCAGAAGAAACCGAGGAACUGCUGGGCCUCGUGGGCCUUCUCGGCCACGGGCGCGAUGGAGAGCCACUGGAAGAUCAAGCAUAGCGGCGAGAUGAUGGAGCUCAGCGAGCAGCAGCUCAUCGACUGCUCGCGCCCGUACGGCGCGCGCGGCUGCCGCAAAGGCUCGGCGAGCAUGGGGUUCGUCGCCGUGCAGGAGAUGCAGGGCAUCGAGACGGAGGACGCAUACCCGUACGAGGGCAGGGACAACAUCGCGUGUCGCUUCAACAUCAGCCAGCGCUCCCCGGUGAGGGUCUCCGGCUACAAGAGGGUCCCCAGCGGCAGCGAGUCCCAUCUGCAGGCCGCCUUGGCCACCGAGGGACCAGUGGCGGUGGCGAUCGACGCGCGGCACAUCAAGAUCUUCUACAAAUCCGGCAUCUACUACAGCCGUUUUUGCCGCAAUAAAGCCAAGAGGCUGCACCACUCCAUGCUCGCCGUGGGAUACGGCACGGAGGAUGGCAAGGAUUUCUGGCUGCUGAAGAACAGCUGGGGCGCUGGGUGGGGGGAGCAAGGCUACAUGAGGCUGGCGAGAAACAGAAACAACAACUGUGGCGUCGCCAGUGACGCCACGUACCCAGUCGUGUGACCCAGCGAGCGGCCAGGCUGCUCGGCCUAGAGGCGCUUGAGCUCCAGUGCCCGUGCCCGUCACCUCUCCGCUGCCACCACGUCCAUCACGUCCAUCACCUCCACGUCCAUCACCUCCACGUCCAUCACCUCCACGUCCAUCACCUCCACGUCCAUCACGUCCAUCACCUACACGUCCAUCACCUCCACCACCUCCACGUCCAUCACCUCCACCACCUCCACCACCACUCCCAUCACCUACCCGUCCAUCACCUACACGUCCAUCACCUACACGUCCAUCACCUCCACCACCUCCACCACCACGCCCAUCACCUACACGUCCAUCACCUACACGUCCAUCACCUACACGUCCAUCACCUCCACCACCUCCACCACCAUGUCCACGUCCAUCAUCUCCACCACCACGUCCAUUAUCUCCACCACCUCCACCACCACUCCCAUCACCUACCCGUCCAUCACCUACACGUCCAUCACCUACACGUCCAUCACCUCCACCACCUCCACCACCACGCCCAUCACCUACACGUCCAUCACCUACACGUCCAUCACCUACACGUCCAUCACCUCCACCACCUCCACCACCACGUCCACGUCCAUCAUCUCCACCACCACGUCCAUUAUCUCCACCACCUCCACCACCACUCCCAUCACCUACCCGUCCAUCACCUACACGUCCAUCACCUACACGUCCAUCACCUCCACCACCUCCACCACCACGCCCAUCACCUACACGUCCAUCACCUACACGUCCAUCACCUACACGUCCAUCACCUCCACCACCUCCACCACCACGUCCACGUCCAUCAUCUCCACCACCACGUCCAUUAUCUCCACCACCACGGCCAUAAAAUUCCACGUCCAUCACCCCCAUCACCUCCACGUCCAUCACCUACACGUCCAUCACCUCCACCACCUCCACCACCACGUCCAUUAUCUCCACCACCACGUCCAUAAAACUCCACAUCCAUCACCUCCACCACCUCCACGUCCAUCACCUCCACCACCUCCAACACCAUCGCCUUUUGCACCGAUAACCACCAUCGCCAUCACCACCAUCUCCAUCACCACCACCAACAAUACUUCUGUCUGUACUAACAUUACCACCACCAACACCAUCAUAGACACUGACAACACCACCACCGCCACUAAAAAUACUACCACUACUACCAUCACCAGACACGUACUGACACCUCCACUUCCGUCACUACGAUCAUCGACGCUAUUGAUACUUCCAUAACCACCACUACCAACACAACCGCAGACGCGACUGAAACAUCCAUCGCCAGCACCACUUAACAAACAUCACCACCGCUUUAACUGACGUAGCCACCAUAACCUUCACCGCUGCUGCCUUUGCCACCACGACUGCUAACACUACCACCACGACCAACACCACCACAACCAAAAUCAUAUCCACAAACAUCACUUACAUCAGCACUUUCAGCACUACCAACACUAUCAUAGCCUUAACACCAUCACCACCAGCACCACUGCCAUGGUUAACUACCACUACAAUGGCUGCCACAAACACUGUCACAACUACUACUGCCCACAUCACCACCAAAUGCACCACUGUCAGUUUGCUUUUUAUGUGGGCCGUGAGGACUGGAGUCUCUGAAUCCUCGUCUGUUUUUUGGGUCGGACAUAAGGCAUUGCCACUCAGACAUACUGAGGAGUUGACAUUGGAGGCUGGUUGAUCGGGCCACAGCGACACAAUAUAAUUGGGUUUAAUCGUUGCGAUAUUUCUGAAUUAAAAUGCAUUAACAAUUCUUGCUUGUAGUGUUUUGCCUAUGUUUAGCUUUCGAUUUUAAUUCCCAAUAAAAUAUGUUGAACAGUU